AGCGGUUAGCGGUUUGCUCGUCGUCACCCCGGUUCGCUUCUCCAUGGCGCCAAAGGUCACCUCCUUCCAAGAAGGCAAGGGCGAGGGACGCCAGCUGGAUCUGAAGGCGCUCGAUGACAAGUUGCAAGCACUCCACGCCUUGGUCGAGAAGCGCUUUGAUCAGCAACUUCAGCUGUUGCAGGCUGUAGACUCCUCCCGUGCGGACUCGUCCGCGCGGAAUGCCACGACGCACGAGCCGCGCGGCUCGAUGAUCUCAGAGGCUGAGGAAGCGGAGGAGUCUUUAGAGGAGCCAGAGACCCCCAACAAGGCGGCCAUGGAGCAAAACCUAGAGGAGGAUGAGACGAAUGGGAACACGGACAAGACUAUGAGCAUGAAGACUCAGCCGUCUGGGAGGAAAUGGAUGAAGCCGAAAGCGAACUUUUCAGCCAGCCGUAGCAACCGCUUCUUUGGUACCCAGCGGAAUGCCAUCGUGGUGCACGCCAAGCGCAGUGAUGCCGAGUUCGAGAACCUCACAGGUCUACGCCGCUGGGCAGGCGUGGUGGUCUACAGUCCGCUUUUCAGCUACACCAUCACGCUUCUCAUCGUUUUGCACGUGAUCUUGUUGGGUGUGGAGGUGGAUUUGUCCGUCUCUGUACCCUUGGAGGAGAUCCCCUCCUGGUUCUUCACCUUCAAUGCGGUCAGCGUGUGUUGUUUCGUGGCGGAGCUCAUCUUGAAGUUCAUUGCUCUGGGCUGUGGCGGAUUUUGGUAUGGCAAAGAGUCCUAUUGGAACAUCUUCGACUUUGUGGUGAUCGCGGUGAGCGUCGUAGACGUCGUCUUGGAUUUUUGGGCCCGGAUGUUGUCGCCCAACAUGAGCACGGGGCAGUUGAGGCUCUUGCGCAGCAUCCGCUUCGCCCGCGCCUUGCGCUCCAUCCGCGUGGUGCGGCUCUUCCGUUACAUCGGAGCUUUAAGGACGCUGGCCUUGUCGAUCCUCAGUACUAUGGUGUCGCUCUUUUGGACCUUGGCCUUGUUGAUCAUCCUCUUCUACAGCUUUGGUGUGGUCUUGACGCAGCUGGUGGUGGAGCAUUGUCGCUUCCUGGGGAUGGAGAGUGGGCAAAGCAUCGUGUCCAAUCCAAUGGCUCACUGUCCUGAGCAAUUGCGCAAGUAUUGGCACAACGUCCCCGAGAGUAUGCUGACACUCUUCAUGGCGAUUUCGCAAGGACUGAACUGGGAAGAUGCGAUGGACCCUUUGAGGGAAGUCUCUGCCCUUGCAGUGGUGCUGGUGAUUCUGUACGUGGUGAUCACUGUGUUUGCCAUCCUCAACGUGGUGACAGGCGUAUUUUUGAACACGGCGAUUGAAAGUGCAGGCGCAGACAAGGAUGUAGCGACUAUCCGGCAGGUGCAGGCGAAAGCUCAGCAGGUCGAAGCCUUGCAACAGAUCUUCCGAGAGAUCGACCGCGCCAAUGAGAACGAGGUCAGCUUCGAGGAUGUGCGGAAUGCCAUGUCUUCUGGAGAGCUGUCCAGCUUCAUGGAAUCGUUGGGCAUUUCCACAGAUGAUGUCAGGACGCUGUUCACCUUGCUGGACUCGGAGCAUCGAGGAUUGAUCGACUUGGAUGAGUUCGUUUCGGGCUGCAUGCAGCUCCACGGCCCCGCGAAGAGCAUGCAGAUGGCGAAGAUGAGCUAUGAGAACAAGAUGAUUCGCUUGACUCUGAAGGGAGUCAGCAAGGAGUUGAAGAUGGUGCGCAAGGGUUUGAAUCUUCGGCCCAACAGCGGGCGCACUCACCAACUGCUGCAGGAUGUGGACAAGGCCGAGUUGGUCAUGGACAAGUUCUGAGCGCCCUGAGCCGAGGAACCAGACGACAAGAACCAAUGAACCACCAGCUGCCGCGCCGGACGAGCUGCCGCGGGCUUGGCGCGCGGCGGGGUUGAGGUGAACUUUCAUGAUCGU